AUGCGACUAACAGGACUGUUUAAUAUAUCAAUACUCUGUGUUAUUGUAUUUGGUUAUCAAAAUAACGAAGAAAAAGUUCUACUAAUAGCGCCGGUACUAGCUGCAAACAAGAAUCCCAGAGCAAGAGUCAUUGAAACUGCUAAAGAUUUCCCCAUAGUAAGGUUACUGUCAAUAGAUAAUUCAACGAAGGUGUUUGAUACUCACAAAGGGUUUGCUGAGCCGAUUUACGUUGAACAAUACGACGAUAAUUAUUACGUUCCGAUCUCAACGAGUGCUCGACAGCGAUAUUAUAGCGGAUUAGGGACCUACCCGGCUCAAUCCUCGGAUCAAACAGUAAUAGUUGUACCUAAUGGGGGUAAGGAUAAUUAA